AUGAGCUCUUUCUCGUGGUCUGUAAAAAGAGAUUUUAAAGCAGAUCGUGUGCUGGAGAAAGAAGUUUCAAAAAUUUCUCCCCGUUUUCAAGAAUGUGCUCGAGCAAAAGACGGAAAACAUGAUCAAAGUUUUGAUUCUGCAGUUAGCUGUACCCCUCUAGCAAAAGGUUAUGCACAACCCUGUACGAUCGGAGAUAUAUGGUAUCUAGAUCGAGAUAUAAAUUUGAAUGAUCUGCUGGUUCUAUGCUUAUCUUUAGAAGAUCAUAUCAUGAAACAUCAUUCAGAUGUUACAUUACAAACAAAUUUAUUACAAGCAUUUCAAAAAAAUAAAAUUAUACAAGGUAAAUUAAAUGAACGCCAAAAAUCGUAUUAUAUUGAUUUCAUUAAGGAAAUGCAAGCAUAUGAUUUAAAAACAAAAUUUAAUCGUGAAUUACUUUAUGCAUGGAAAAAAGAAUCAUAUAUUCGACAAUUGAAGAAGAAUUUAAUUAAUUAUGAACAUAAACGAUUUGGUGUACGUGAUUCGUACUAUGAAUCUCAAGCAAGAAGUUUACAAAAUUUAAUAGAUGGUAAACAGCAAACUGUCGUUAUACCACCCACCGAAGAAAAACGUCGACAAGAUGUUAAUGAAAAGCUUCAAGAGUUUUUAAAAGGACAUUCACAAACUACCACUCAUAAACCAAGACUAAUACAAUCAGCAACUGUUGUACCUAUGAUAUCCACCACAAAUUAUAUAGAAAAAAAAGAUUUCGAAAGUCAAUCAACACCUAAUAUGAAAAUAGCUGAGAUACCGAGUAAAAUUCAUGCACAGUCUGCAACAUCACGUAAGAAAAAAGCUUCACCAAAACCUCAUCGUCCAAAAACGACGAAUGAGAUGCAUCAUGACAAAAUUAAGAAUGAUAUGAAUACAUCAUCAGUCAUAGGUGCGGGUGUACAAAUAUCAGCAUCAGAACUUGUCAAUGAUAGUCAGAAAACAAACACAACUCCUCAAGGCAUUGAACCACUACUUGCUAUAUCGGAAACAUUGCAACGUCAAACAUAUGCAGAUUUGAUUGCAAUGCGUUCUGUUAGACGUCCACGUAAAAAUCCAACAGAUUUAAAAAUGAUUUAUGAAGCACGUAAACGUAUUUAUUGUGCAAAUAAACGUGCGUAUGAAUAUAAUGUAUAUCAAGGAAAAUGUGGUGUGCAAUCUUAUCGUCACUUUGAGAAAAUAACGUUAACCGAUGAUGAAAAUGAUGGGGAUGCUAAUAAAGAUCGAAUUAGAAAUAAAAACUGA